AAUGGGAUGGCGUGUCAGAAGACACAGACGCUUGGCCAGAUACCUUAAGCUUAACCACUGAGGGUCUGUACCGGAUUUGGAUAUAUUUUGGGAAGUUAUUUACAAUUUUUCACACUAACAUUCCGUAGGUGGGGAUGUGACCUUAUUUCACGUAUCAUGUACACAGUGAAAGCCGCUUGAACUGUUGUUAAACAGAAUGCAGAGGCAUGCACUGCAAGGAUUAACACCAGAUAGCGGUGGUGUAAUCUUCAUUGUUCGUGAAUCUUGAAUGUUAAUAACAAGACUUCAAAAGUGGUCUCUUUAAUACGUGCGCUGCAUAUGCUGAGCUUUUUAGGACUUGGUCAGAGUGUUGAUAUUAAAGUAAAUUUACAAGAUGAAGAACAUAGGAGAAAGGAGGAACUAAGGAGUGAAGAUGGACACAUCCAUUCACUUCCUGUUUAUUAUGAUGGUGAAAACGUUUCUGGGUCUGUACAUGUUGGUCUAAAGAGAGGAGGGAAACUUGAACAUCAAGGAAUCAAAGUUGAAUUUAUUGGUCAAAUUGAGCUAUAUACUGAUCGUGGAAAUCGUGAAGAGUUUGUUGCUUUAUGUCAAGAUUUAGCACGUCCUGGAAUACUUUCUCAUUCAACAAGCUAUCCAUUUGAAUUUCUUCGUGUUGAAAAGCCGUAUGAAUCAUACUGUGGCACAAAUGUUCGUUUAAGGUACUUCCUACGAGUAACCAUUCAAAAAAGAAUUGCUGAUGUAACGAAAGAAUUCGAAUUAGUGGUUCAUUCUACUAUGAGAUGUUCUGAAUCAAGUGACAGUAUUCAAAUGGAAGUUGGAAUAGAGGACAGUUUGCAUAUUGAGUUUGAGUACAACAAAUCAAGAUAUCACUUGCAAGAUGUUAUUGUUGGGAAGAUAUACUUUCUUUUGGUUCGAGUUAAAAUAAAGAAUAUGGAGAUACAAAUUCUGAAACGUGAAACUAUUGGUGCAGGACCAACUGCUUUUACCGAAACUGAAACUGUUGGUAAAUAUGAGAUAAUGGAUGGUGCCCCUGUACGUGGCGAGUCAAUUCCAAUUAGGUUAUUUCUACAUAUCUAUGGCUUAAGUCCAACUAUGCGUGAUGUUCACCGAAAGUUUUCAGUACGCUAUUUCCUAAACUUGGUACUGUUAGACGAAGAAGAUCGACGAUAUUAUAAACAGCAGGAAAUUAUACUCUACCGAAAAUCUGAUCGGCGACUUCAAGCAUACGUCCAACAAAUUACUGAAAAAGGCUAUGAUGAGAGCAAAGGUGUAGACAAGGAAUUGAAAGCUAACUGCGAUGGAGAAAUACACCAGGAAAACGAAGUAGCUAAUGAGACUCCAGAUGGUGAUACAACAAACCAUAGACAAAGUGAUGAUAAUAAUACAAUCAAAUCAAAACUACUUCCUAGUCAUGAUUCUCCUGGUGGUGGUAAACAAGGCGAUAAUGUUCAAGUAUGCAGUAUUGAUGGCGAGGACAGUGAUAGCAAUGAUUCAUUCUCUCCGCAUACACGUUCAGCAAGAAGUAUGCAUCGAUAUGAAUCAAAACAAGUUCAUAAGUACGCUGAGCCUUCAACUAUCAGUAUUCUUGCAAGCGACUCACCUACACUUCCUCCUUCUGAUAUUUCAACAACUACACAGAAUUCAACUUAAUAAGAUUGUUGUGUUUAUCUAUCCAUCUUUAGAAUGCAUAUAUUAUUUAAAUCUAAUUCAGAAUGAUACAUUCAGUAUUCUGGCCACCUCGAAGAAUAGCUGUGAUAUACAACAACACUAUAUGUAACUGACUUUAAUCAUCUGCAUUUCUGUUGUCUCAUCAGGGCUAUAAAAGAAAGAAAAUAAAGUCACUUCACAUUAGGCGAUGUGUCUUUCACUAUCUACUACUGCUAUUAUUAUUAUUAUGAUAAAGAAAGCGAAAAAUGUUGUCGACUAAAUCACCUAAUUGUUUAACAUUCAUAUUAUACAUACAAUUUCUGAAUUAUUUCGUAUCGCAUUUCUCUGGUUGACUAGGUAGGUAGUUAUUGAUGAUAAUGAUUAAUAAUGGUAACACCCGGUUGUUGCGAAUACACGUAAUUAAAACUAUCGAUUUCCUUCAUGAUUUUAUACAUUUUACAAAAUAAUAAUAAAAUGAUUUUAAUCGUAAGUAUUAUUACUUCCUCUUUGUUUUUUUGUUUUUUUAAAUAUCUUUGCUUAAAAAUAAAAUCAUGUUUUAAAAAUACAAGUCAUCAUCAAGGGGUGAUAUGAAAUAAUAAAUUUAGUUCAUGUGUACAUACAUACAUAUAGAUAAGGAGUGGGAUGGGGAGGGGAGAAAUGAAUCACAGGAUUUUUGGGUUUAAGUUAACUAAAUAUUAUUAUUAUUAGCAUAUUUUAUACAGAUUAUAUUAUAUUAUACGUGAUUUAGAGCAUGCUGGACACUUGAUUCCUCCGUUAACUAAACACUCUUCAUGACAUAUAUGACUGCAUUGAAAUAUAGCCCAAGGAUAAGAAUUCUCUUCUUGUUGUUGUAGUGAUUUGUAUUCAUCAUUACUUUUUAGCGGAUCAGUUCUUCGUCUUGACUGUACAUUAUUAUUAUUAUUGUUAUUACUAUUGUUCAGUAUAGGCUGUAAACAGACAAUACAUCCAGUAGUCGAUAGAUAGCUUGAAUUGA